GGAGAAAAUCACUCUGAAAGUGAUUUUCUCGUCUUCAACUUUCUUGCCAUCUGAAGACGACCUCAAAUACCUCGUGGUGCCUGAGGGCAAGAUAUGCUCUCUUAUGCACUGUCUACAGCAACAAAUCUCUUUCACCUUCCCAUUGACGAGGAAGAGGACAGGGAAAUUGAAGGUUAUCAGAGGAAAUAUCUGACUUGGACAUCUGAUCAGGCUGUCGGAACCUCGCAAGCGUCAUCUUCCAAGGCACCCAAUUUGGAUACCCGGUCUGCACUGUCUCGUGCAGAAGAUGAACGAAAUCAAACAGUCAAUGAUAUCUUACAAAACGAAGAUCUUUAUGAUGUCCUUGGUGUGGACAAGUCAAAAGCUCUUGACAAGCUUGCAUUACGAAGAGCUUACCUAGUACGCAGCAAAGCAUGUCAUCCCGACAAAUUUCCCGUAAACAAGGCGGCGAACGCUACUUUGGCUUUUCAGAAAAUCGCGAUAGCGUACGAUAUUUUGAGCAAACCUCAAUCGAGACGAAUAUAUGAUUGUCGCUCGCGUUAUGCGAAAUACGAUAUCUUUGCCGCAGGACCAACCGGGCAUGCUGAAGAAACAUUCCAAGGUGUCGUCAUUGGGAUCUUCAACGAUUUUUUGGACGGAGACCUAGAAGUUAUCAGGACUCUAUUGAAAGCUAUAAGUGACUUCAAUCCUUCACUGACUUUGGGCGAUGAUGGUAUCAAUUCCGUGCUUGCCAUCCUUCAUACCAUACGGGAGCGUGCUCUCACUUGCCGCACUUGUAUCUUCGCUCUGCAUGCAGAGCUGAGUCGCCUCUUGGAAGUGCAACAAGAAAUGCGACAGUUGUCUUGUUUUGAUAUCUUUGGUCGCUCCCGCCUCACCAUUCAACUCACCCGCAUAACACUCAGUCUUCCCUUCGUUUUGGAAAAAGCCUUGGAAGAGCAGCAUAGUAUCUAUGGUUCUGGACCAAACGAUAAAACUGUCACGAUUCUCCCGAAGCACUUGAACGUUCUCAUUCGAAAUAUCGAUUUUGCCCUGGCAAAAAUAGAAUGCGUGCUAUAGACUUAUUAUAUAUUCUCCUGGAUCUGGAUUUUUUGGGUUUUAAAUUUUGUUUGAUGUGCUUCAGAGUUCCUAGGUUUAUCUGUAGGUUUAUCAUGCCCACCCUUACUUCUAUCUAUCAUUAUCACUGUACCGUAUAGAUACUUCAUUAUAUAGAGUAGAACCGUGUACUUUUAACAACUAUGUAUGUACUUGCUAGAAUCUGCAG